AUGGUGCAUGGUCAUUUGGACAAAUACGUGGUCACCUUUUGGUGGACCAGAUUCUGGCUCAGAGAUAACGACAGUUGCGAUGAAUUGGCCAACGAUUUGAUGGCCAAAAUCAAUCAACGAAAUCAGUUCCCGAAGAACUCAAUCGCCUUUUCGCGGAACGAGAGUCAAACCCAGCAAAUGAUGAAGACUUUCACUCAACGCAUACAACAAUUACAGCAACAACUGAUCCAAAGCUCUAAAUCUCAUCAAUUAACUCAACGCGAGAUCGAAAGGAGACAACGAGUGGUCGAUAAUUUGAAUUAUCGGUUAAAACAGAUGGAGAUAUCCAUAGAAAACCCGGACGCAGACCGAAGGAACGCUCUUCUGGGAAAUCCUUCGCAGUCUUUGUACGGAACUAAUGAACAAGACAAGGGAUUGGAAUCAUUAGCGGAGAUAAUUAGUCGCCAGAAGAAUAUGGCUCAAGGGAUUGGCUCUGAAAUUGAAAUACAAAAUGAAAUAAUUGAUGACAUCGGAGACGCUAUGGAUCAGACCAAUGAUCGACUCCUUAGAAACACUAGAAAUAUACGAAAAGUGAACAGAAAGUCCGGCACUUGCGGUCAGUUUUGA